CCCUCCUCGUCUUGUACCCGCUGCGUUGCCUCUCUUGAAAUCAGUCGGUCUUCGCGGCUUCAUCCCGCGGGGCUUCACAUCUGCAGUUUCUCUCACCUGGAGCAACAGCGUCGGCUCUCACGGAACAGAGGGACGAAACACAGUACAAGGAAAUAAAAUUCAAUGUAAGGAUCCAACCCACGUCACAAAUAAUCCGCAGGAUGGCCACUUUUGGGAAUGAAACGGAGCCGGCAGUGCUUUUUUACACCGAAGACGCCUCAACUGUCGCCUCCAUAAGUGCAACAAUUUUGGCAGUUGUAGGAGUUGCAGGAAAUUUGGUGACCAUGAUUGCCCUGUUGCGCUGCACCAAGCUCCGUCAGCACGCGACCACAGCGUUUGUGGUGAGUCUGUGCAUCUCCGACCUUCUGUUCUGCACCAUCAACCUGCCGAUGACCGCCUUCCGGUUCUGGAAUCGGGCUUGGAUUUUCGGCGAGACGCUCUGCUCUCUCUUUCCCUUUUUCUUCUACGGAAAUGUAGCCGUCUCGCUCCUCAGCAUGGUCGCCAUCACCAUCAAUAGGUACAUUUUGAUUGCUUGCCAUGGAUUGUAUGAUCGAGUCUAUUCGCGGACGAGCAUCAUCCUGCAGAUGCUGUUCGCGUGGGCCUUCAGCUUUUCGAUAAUGAUCCCGCCGCUGGUCGGCGCCUGGGGCCGCCUCGGAUACCACGAGGCCACUUUUUCCUGCACCAUUCUGAGAAAGGAGGGCAAGUCGCCGAAAAAGUUCCUCUUCGUGUUCGGCUUUCUGCUGCCCUGCAUCGUCAUAAUCCUUUCUUACGGCUGCAUUUUCAUGAAGGUGCGCUGCAGCAGGAAGAAACUCCAGGCGCACAAUCCCAUUUGCAAAAAUCAACGGUCGAAGAAAGAAAUGAGCCAGCAGCAGAUGCUACAGAAACGUGACGACAAUCGCUUGACCAGAAUGAUGCUCACGAUUUUCUUGUGCUUCCUUCUUUGCUUCUUGCCACUGAUGAUAGUCAACGUUGCUGACGAAGCUAUAAAAAAACCAAUGGUGCACAUAGUGGCCUCAAUCCUAGCGUGGGCCUCGAGCGUCAUCAACCCGUUCAUCUACGCCGUCAGCAACCGGCAAUACAGACAAGCCUACCGGGCACUUUUGUGUCCGAAACCGCGUCCGAACUGUCAGCUCGGCCAUCACCGGAGCAACAACAGCUCCAAGUCAGACUCGAGGAAAACUUUCGUCACCGACAUGCUGCACUUCAACACGGCAAACGAGAAAGUCAAAAUCAAUCUGCACGUAGCAACCGAUGCCAAUAACCAAAGAUAAAAAAAUUAUCCGAAGCCAUGAAAAUCAUAAAAUUCAUACAAGCAUGAAAAUAUUAUCCAAAGAGUGCCUUGUCUUAUUUUUAAAAAUAGUUUAAUAUCUUAUUUACUUUAUUUUGAUCUCCUUCAAUGUAAUUAUGUCCUGUCUAAUUGUAUUCAUUUAAGUUUCUUUAAUUUAAUUUUUUCUUAAAUAUAUGAGAUUUAAAAAAGCUGCUUAAACAUAUUUAACUCAUUUGUCAAAAAUAUUUUUGAGUUUUAUUUUAUUGUAAUGCUUAUACAUAUAGAUUGAAUUUUAAAUUAUAAGUGAUUUUAUAUUCUUAU